AUGCAGGUAAAUCUUCUAUUCCCUGAGACGUACCUGUUGGGUCAUUUCUCGAACAAAGACCACGGCGGCAAAGACUACGACGGAAAAGACCACGGCGGCAAAGACCACGACGGAAAAGACCACGACGGAAAAGACCACGACGGCAAAGACCACGACGGCAAAGACCACGACGGAAAAGACCACGACGGAAAAGACCACGACGGCAAAGACCUCGACAAAGACCUUGACAAAGAUCACUACGGCAAAGACCUCGAUAAAGACCACGACGGCAAAGACCUUGACAAAGACCACGACGGCAAAGAUCUCAACGGCAAAGACCUCGAGAAAGACCACGAAGGCAAAGACCUCCACGGAAAAGACCUCCACGGAAAAGACCUCCACGGCAAAGACUACGACAAAGACCUUGACAGAUAA